AUGGCUUUCAUUCGAGUCGUGUGCUUCGUCCUGUUGGUGGGUUUGGCCGCAGCGUGUCAACCACGCUGCCCCAAGUGUCCACCGAUGUGGACUUUCUACAAUGGCAACUGCUACCGUUACUUCGGCACUGGCAAGACCUACGAUGAAGCUGAGAAGCACUGCCAGCAGUUCACUCAAGUCGGCCAGGGUCACCUGACGUCCAUAGCCAGCGCCGACGAGAAUAAUCUUCUCCUCGCGCUAUGGAAGUCGGCCCGUGGAACGACAUCAGGCGGCCUGUGGAUCGGCUUCAACGACUUGGCAGAGGAAGGGAACUACAUCUGGACAGAUGGAUCAGCGGCCAGCUACACCGAAUGGGCCGAUAACCAACCCGACAACCACAGUGGUAACGAGCACUGUGUUCACAUGCGGCAGGAUGGAAACAACGCAUGGAAUGACAUCGGAUGCGGCCAAUCGUUCUCCUACUUGUGCAAGAUGACCACUACUAAAUAAAUGGGCCACACAAUGGACGACCACGGAGAUGCGAUUUGCCACAUUAAACCCGGAGCCCUCAUGAUUGAUACCAAGUCGAUGUUAUCGGCUAUGAUCGCCAAACAGUAUUACCCAACGGACACUCACAAACAGUAUCACUUGCAAACUAAACGUAUAUCGAUCCCGCAACGGAUGACAACGGAGAUGCGAUAACCACGAACACAACGUCGAUGUCAUUGGCUACGCUCACCAAACAUUCUUAC